UUCGGGCUUAUAAAAGCUGCUGCCGAGUUUUGGGUUCAGGUCAGAUUGAAUUGAAGUCGUUCUCAAACAGCAUCAUGAGUUUUCUUGGUUUUCUAGCUGUCUUGGUCUUAGGCCUUUUCUCUACCGCUCACGCCUCUUUGGUGAAGUGCUCCUGUGAUCCUGGACCUCCGGGCGAACGAGGACCUCCUGGUCCGCCUGGGCCUCCGGCAAAUGGCAAUGGUCUGGGAGGAAGUGGUGCUGGUUACUGGGGCUAUCCACCCGGUGGACCUUUUUCCCCGAAUCUUCCCUAUAUUCAGGGUCCCAGAGGCUUGCCAGGACCACCGGGUCCUCCUGGCUAUUGUUUUCCCUGUCCGGCGGCUCCACCUAUAAGGGGCUUCGGUGGAGUGCCUGUUCCACCUUUUGUUUCCACACCGGCGGUUACUGGUAAUGGUGGUUUUGGUGGUGCUAACGCUGGCUCCACCGCUGUGGGCAACAUUAUAGUCAUCCCUGCAGGAACAACAACAACAACUGGAUUAACUGGGCGGGCACAGUUCUAUCACAUCUCACCCGAUGGUCAGGUGAUUCAGAUCGACCGACCGCAGAAUCUGCCAAGCGGUCUAUUCGAAGCACCGGUGAACCAAGGUAAUAGUGCUCAAAACCAACAGCCUCAGCCCACCUCGGCAUCUCUGUCGGGGAUAACACCACCUGCCGUGGGUCCCACUCAACCCACGAACGGAGAUCUGGGAAAUUCGCAGCCCACUUUACUGCCGGAUAACAUAGAAGAUACUGUUUUUGCGGUGGGCAAUCGCAAGGACUUCCUGCGAGGUAGCUCCGACGCCACCGAUUGGCGAAGGAUUCUGCUUCUGGGUGAGAGAUCCCACGAUGCCCUACUCACACCCAAGAGUACGCUGCACAAUCCCAACCAGCUGGAAGACAGCAUGGAUAAUUUUCAGCGGGCUUUGGUCGAACUGAAGGAGAAGUAUGCCUCGCUCGUCACACCUCGUAGUUCUAAUCAAUAUGCGGUAAUUAUUUAAAACAAAAAGUUGAGAUAGGAGUUAGUUAAAAAGUUUAAUAAAAACAGUACUGAUAAUGUCUAACAAUA